AUGGUCACAGGCUCACUGUACAGGUCGAACUUCAAAGAGUGGAUGCAUCUGUUUUCGUCUCUUGUGCUCUUGUCGUUGGCUAGGGCAACCCUAGCAAGCAUCUACAACAAUGUCAACGAGUUGCCUCGGAACUUGAUCUUUGACUUUAUAGUGAUAGGUGGCGGAACUGCAGGGAAUGUAGUCGCUAAUCGACUGACUGAGAACCCAUUCUUCUCCGUCCUUGUCCUGGAAGCCGGCCCUUCACCCGAAGGCCUGCUCAAUCACACAGUACCAUUUUUCAGUAUCUUUCUUCGGGAUCAGAGCCCUUUCGACUGGAAUUACACGACCGUACCUCAGAUCGGUUUUAAUGGUCGCGCAUUGCAGUAUCCGAGGGGAAGAAUUCUGGGCGGAUGCUCCUCAAUGAACCGUUUGGCUUAUGUACGAGGAUCGUCCGAGGAUUAUGAUCGAUAUGCGAAUAUCACGGGUGACCACGGUUGGUCAUGGAACGAAAUUCAACCCUAUAUCCGAAAAAAUGAACACUGGACCCCUCCUACUGAUAAUCACGACACAUCCGGGCAAUUUAACCCUGCAGUGCAUGGCUUUCAUGGAAUAAAUUCCGUUAGCCUAGCAGGUUUUCCUUCGCCUAUCCAAGAUCGCGUGAUUCAAGUCACUAAAGAGCUAUCGGAUGAGUUCCCGUUCAAUUUGGAUUACAAUUCGGGAUUUCAGCUUGGUGUUGGCUGGGCACAGUCGACUAUCAAGCAUGGAAAACGCAGCAGCUCCUUCACCUCAUACCUAGGACCAGCAUUUAUCGGACGCCCGAACCUUCACGUACUGCUUAACUCACAAGUGACCAGAUUAUUACAGACCAACUCCGAACCUGCAGAAUUUCUUACGGUCGAAUUUGCGCAGAGCAAAGAUGCUCCUCGUCAACAAUUCAUGGCCACCAAAGAAGUCAUCAUCUCCACCGGUUCCCUAGAAACUCCAAAACUUCUGUUGAAUUCAGGCAUUGGCGAUCCAGAGCAGCUGUCACAGUUUGGCAUUAAGCCCCUUGUCAGUAUUCCUGAUGUCGGAAAGAAUCUCUCUAUUCAGCCUAUGCUCACCCUUUCUUAUUUCGUCAAUUCUACGAAUACCUUUGAUGAUAUUAUUCGCGAUCUCACCCUCAGAGGCGAACUUAUCCGUCAAUGGAACGAGACAGAUGGUGGUGGAAUUCUGGGAAACGGAGUGUAUGGCACACAUCAGGUCUUCACGCGACUUUCGAAGAAUUCAACUGCCUUUAAAGCGUCUCCUGAUCCAGCUGCAGGGCCUAAUACGGCACACAUUCAGUCUGGUACACAGAACGGCAAUAUUUCUCCUCCCCCCGAAGGUCAUUUCAUGACCAUAAGUCUCAGUCUUAACACUCCCACUUCGAGAGGGAGUAUUCAACUCAACACCACUGACGCUUUUGAUCAGCCUCUGAUUGACUUGGGCUGCCUUACCACCGAUUUUCGACCGCACGCGCAUGGGACUGGAUACAUACUCGGGCCGCUCAGCAAUAUCACCACCAGUUCGACUGAUGCGGAGCUAGAGGCCUUCAUUCGGGCUAAUGCAGCUCCUAACGGCCAUAUCGUUGCGACAGCUAGCAUUGAAAGGCUUCGCGUUGUAGAUGCAUCUAUUUUGCCAUUUGUUCCCUCUGCUAAUACGCAGUUUGCGGUGUAUAUUAUCGGCGAGAGAUGUGCGGACUUGAUCAAAGCUGCGUGGUAACUGGCUGGGUUUAUUCGGCUGCAACUUGGACGGUCAAGAAUUUACUCUUUCUGCCCGUAAAUUUCAAGGUCCCAUAUGUCAAAGCAUUUCCUAGUCUCGUACGCAUCACCGUUUUCGUGCAAUUGCAAGUAACCAUUGUGUUUGCCUGCGGCACGACAGACCGCCAUGAUUCCGCUUUUUUAUGUAAGAUUUUCCGGAUCUCUUCGAACUAUAUUCUCUUUCAAAAGCGACAAGCAAUUUUGGCGGUGUGUUCAGAUCUGGAUCUGCAGCAAAACUGAAGCACUGCAACCCUGACCUGUUUGUGGCAUCUGACAUCCUUUUCGGACCCCUCAAGGCCGUCAGGGCGAG